ACAAUCACUGCUCGAUCGAUUGUUGAUCAGUCGCAAUGUGUUCGAUCUUUGAGUGCUUGCUCAUCACCGCCGGGUACUUCCUCCAAUCAAAAGGGCACUGUGAAAAUUGCUUGAAAGCGAACAGAGAUCCACCCAAAUAUCAUCAAGAGGGGUUCGAAACCAGAUGGUCUUGGAGUUACGUGAACUACACUUGGCCAUCCUACGAUGAGUACCUUGAUGCAGCUGUUUCUGGGAGAUAUCUGCCACAAAACAUCCUCCUAGGAGGGCCCAGAGUAUACCAAGACAAAGUCUACGUUACGAUGCCAAAAUACAGAAUAGGAGUACCAGCUUCUUUAGGAUUCUUCCCUUUGGUAUCGUUGGAGAAAACCAACAUCUUGAUAACUCCAUUUCCAAGUUGGGAGAUGAAUCACCAAGGAGAAUGUAGAAACCUACAAAGUGUGAUUGCAACUGAAAUUGAUCGGCAAGGGAUUAUGUGGGUCCUGGAUGGUCACAGAUCCAGCAACUAUAUCAAUGGGAUACGAUGUCCAGCGAAAAUGGUCCUUAUGGAUUUAAACAGAAGAGGAGCGGUAAUACAAGUGGUUACAUUUCCGAAUGAGAUAUCUCUCAAAGAUGGAGGCUUUCUCAAUGACUUGGUCAUAGACGAAACUGAUGGAACCUAUGUCUACAUCACAGAUAAUUCGGCAAUAGAUCCAGGACUUGUCGUUUACUCCUAUAACCAAAACAGGGCAUGGAAGCUACGUGAUGGAUCAAUGUUUCCACAAGUCAGCGCUUCAGGUUACGUUAUCGAUAACGGAUUCAGGAUAGAUUAUUUGGGCACGAUAGAUGGAUUGGCCUUAUCACCUUUUACAGACAUAGCACCAAGACUACUGUUUUAUACCCCCCUAACUAGCAACCAACUUUUCUGUGUUACUACAGAUAUUUUGAAAGACCAACAACUUGCUAGCAACCAAACCUGGAGAAGAUACGUCAAAUUCGUAGGAGAGAAGCAAGGUUCUACAGAUGGAAUGGUUAUGGAUAAUAAAGGAAACCUGUACUAUGGAUUAAUUCCCCAAUCUGCGGUCGCUAAAUGGAAUAUAUUCGAACCCUUGAAAACUGCCGAAAUAAUUCAUAGAAACCCAAAGACAAUGGUUUGGCCAGAUUCAUUCAGCAUGGACCUGCAGGGAAACCUAUUUUUAGUUACUGAUCACGCUCACAGAUUUUUUGUGAAUAACAAUACGUUACUGUUCACUCCAGAUGAGAUCAAGUUCAGGAUUCAUGUUAUCCAUGUUGGAACGAGAAGCUACAUGUAUAGUUUUAGUGAAAAUUUUCAGAAAUAGACGUGAUAAUGAUAGCUUCAAUUUGUAUUUUGAAUAUAUACCUAUCAAUUGUCUUGACAUUCGUUCAAAUAAGGUAUAUCGAGAAGCUUCCAUAAUAGUGUAGACUCCAUUAUUCUCUAAAGCUAUAAAAUAACUUUAGCGCCCGCCAAGCUUUAAAAAAUUGCCCUAUGCCCAUUAACCACAAAACCUGUCCAUAUUUAUAUGUUGCUAGCCGGUGGCUAGAACAACCUAUAUCCGGUGAUGUAGUACGGUCAUUUUAUAUAUUCUUAUAUCGAAUUAUAGUCUACAUAAAAAUUUGAACCCACCCUAUAGCCGGCAGUAGAUAUAAUUUUAUUAGUAUUUUGGGAGAAAUAAGAAAUAAGUGCUGGAACCUGUGGAACUAUGCGCCUUGGGCCCCACUUUUACGCCAAGAUUAAUAAACGUACACUUUACGACCCUAGUUACAUAAAUAACUAUUAUCGACAGUGUUCUUCGAAUACAAUAUCAAACAUUGUCCCAUCUCUAGGAACGCUGGCACAGGUUAUGGUUCUAUUGUUUGUCGUUCUGUGGUUCCAUGUCAUUUUUCUUUUGAGGUUAGUUUAUUGUGAUGAUUAAAGUUGGCAAGAGGGGAUUUGAUAAAUCUUUUUUAACGAAGAUUUGAAUUUCCGCAAACCUGCAAUAAUGACAACUAUCACAAACGAUCCAACUGCAUAUGUGGAAGCACACGCCUUAUUAGUAACUUACACAGAAAAUGUGUAAAAGAGGUGAUAAAAGGGUAUUGUCAUACGCUUCCCUGUACUGCUGAUCAAAAUGGGCAUUUCUUGGAAAAAAUUGUUUCCUUCGACAUUGAGUGCCAUAAUUUUCGUUCUGUACAUAGUUUUAUUCGUAAAUCAAGGCAUCCUUGUCACUGCAUCACAACAAUCAAAUAAUGAUUAUGAUUACAACAUAGUGACGGUGGUUUUACUCACUGAAGUACUGAAACUUCUAAUUUCAGUUACACUUUAUUGCAGAGAGUAAGUAAACAAUGUUUCAUUACAUAUUUGCUAAACCAUUUACUUGCUCUAUAACAGCCCAGGGUGUCCACUGAUUUUUCUUGUUGUUACUUACUUUUUAUCCACUCGGUUUUUUCCUGAAAGGCUCAUUUUUCUCUUAUUGUGAAGACAUUUUUUUCAUAAGUGCUACUUGCUUUCAGAAAGGUUGCUGAUGUUAAUCAUCUCCCCUCUUUUUUUGGGGAUUAUGGCCUGUAUAGUGAAAGCCCUAAAAUUGCAUUUCUAUGAUUCGAGUAUUUAAUCAAACAAUAUGAUGAAUACUGCAAACAUAGUGGUUUUUGUUCAUCAAAAAAGAGGAGUGCUGAGCUUCUAUUUUCCCAAAAGACUAGAUUAGACAAAGUAGUUUCUGAUAAUUUUGUGCUCAAUGUAUAUCCAUCCUAUCAGCAUGUGCAGAUUGGUGAAUCUGUCUAAGGCAGGUGCAGGUAGUGGCUGCAUAUUUAAGCACUUAACCGCCCCUUUUGAGAGCAAAUGCCCUUAUAUAUAGCAUUUUAUGAAAAAAAUGGCAGCCUUUUGUGUCUUAGGGGAUGCCCUCCCCCUUUCUCUAAAUCCGCACUUGCCUAUAAAAGACUCCCUUGAUUUGAGCCACUAAUUUGUUAUCCAUCAUUUCCAAGCUAUAUGGCAACAUGCAACACUACUAUGUUAAUUUCAUACACUUUAAUUCCAAUUUCCAAUAUACAUUUCUAAGUUGUUCUGUAUGAUUGUUGUACUAAUUCUCUUAGUUAAAGAGUUAUUAUUCUUUCAGGAGUUUGCCAAGCAACUUAGUCAAAGAAGUAGUACAGAAUAAGAAUGUCCUAAUUUUAUAUUUUGUACCUGCUUUCUUGUACUGUUU